GCAAAUUUGUAGUAUCAUUUCCCUAAACAACUCAGAACCAAAUUGCACUUCAGUUCCUCAGUUCUACUUUUUUGUAGAGGCAGACACACAGCUCUGGACUCUUUUUUUGUUAUUGUUUUUUGGGGGGUUUUCUUUGGCACUGCUGACAGAGUUGAGAUAACUUUUUACUGUACCAUGUAUAACUGUGAAAUACCAUUAACAAGCGAAAGAUGUAAUAAACUAGACAUCUCUUCCUUUUAGAGAAAGAAGAUGGAAACAUCUUUGGUUUUCUUUUCUCAAUUAAAUAUGUGUGAACCAAAGGAAAAAGCUUUUUUCAAGUUAAUACAUGGUUUAGGAAAAGAAGAAACCAGCAAAGAAGCCAAAAUCAGAGCUAAGGAAAAAAGAAAUAGGCUAAGUCUUCUUGUGCAGAAACUCGAGUUUCAUGAAGAACCCCCCUCCAGCAGAUCUGGGAACUUGGCCAAAGAAACAAGAGUCUCCCCUGAAGAAGCAGUGAUAUGGGGUGAAUCAUUUGACAAACUGCUUUCCCAUAAAGAUGGACUAGAGACUUUUACCAGAUUUCUUAAAACUGAAUUCAGUGAGGAAAACAUUGAAUUUUGGAUAGCCUGUGAAGAUUUCAAAAAAAGCGAAGACCCUCAACAAAUUAUCCUUAAAGCAAAAGCAAUAUAUGAAAAAUUUAUACAGAAUGAUGCUCCACAAGAGGUUAACCUUGAUUUUCACACCAAAGAAGUUAUUACUAAGAGCAUCACCCAACCCACCCUACACAGCUUUGAUGCUGCACAAAGCAGAGUGUAUCAGCUUAUGGAACAAGACAGUUACACACGUUUUCUGAAAUCUGACAUCUAUUUAGACUUGAUAGAAGGAAGACCUCAGAGACCAACAAAUCUUAGAAGACGAUCACGCUCAUUCACCUGUGCUGAGUUCCAGGAUGUAAAGUCAGAUGUUGCCAUUUGGUUAUAAAGAAAAUUAAUUUUGUUUAUUUUGAUGGCAAAUUUGUAAUCUGCUUCUAAGAUAUAGAAUAUUUACUUUUUACAAGUGGGUACAUCUUUUAAAAUAAAAUACACCAUGUCAAUGGAUUUUUAAAAUGUAAAUCAAACCUUACAUUCUAACAACACAUACUGUAUCUGCCAAUUUAUUCUGUAAAACCUUCCAUUUGACUUCAUUCCAUUCAUAAUCACAAAAACAUUACUUAAUUAAAAAGAAGUAAAGAAGUAAUAAUAUUUUAUGAGACUGUAAAGUUGAAUUAAAGUUAAGCUUUUGCAAAAUUGUCAAUGGUUAGACCCAAUAUCUACUUUGGAUUAUUUUUCUAGAUUAAACAAUUUAUUGCUCAGAUAUCCAUAUAUUCAGAACACAGUUUCCAUACUGAUGAAGACUCUUUCUUUCUCUUUCAGUCAUAGAGAGUGUAGAAGUGAUCUGGUUCUACAAUAGGAGAAGACAAUCAUUUGCUCUUGUGUUACUAACACUGGUUCAUGAAUAAGCAUUGUGUCACCUCUAGUUAUAAACCAGAAAUGGGAACUUUGGGGAAGACACAUUCACAUCUAUAGAAUUUCCAAGUUCAACAUAACCCAUAUUGAUAACUGAGAAUAGGAUCCACAUGUGGGCUCAUUCCUAAAUGAACAUGGGCUUAUCCAAUAAGUGGAGCACAUUUCUGGUGGUCACAGAAACAUGACCAGGUCAUACAUAGCUCCAGGUUGAGACUAGGAGCAUCUUCUUACCUGCUAACAUAAGUAACCUGCUACUAAAAUAGUGGCAGUCAGUGGUUUGAAUGACGCCCAGAGGAAGUUUACCCCCAGCUGUAGUUAGGUUUCGUGCUUAGACUUUUAGGAUUGGGAUGAACGUUAGAAAUGAGAGGAGGUAAAAAAGCAAGGAGUCAAAGGCCCUGGAGACUCAUGCAUCUGCUACAUUGGCUCAUAGAAAGAAAGUGUUCCCCAUUGAUCAUGUUCUUAUUUCAAGUCUCAUUGAAUCAUUUAAUUCUAUCUUAUUCAAAAUAAGAUUAUGGUAAUAAAUAUAUGUCUCUACUUUAGGGAAACAUUUAAUUUUCAAUGUGUGCUGCAUGUAAAUGCCUAUAUAAUUAAAGAUGUCAUACAUUUGGCUUUGGCAAAUGUUAUAUUAGUUGAAAUGUAAAAUAUAAAAAUCAUGGAUUACCUAUAGUAAUAAAUAUUUUUAAUUUCU